GUGGCUGAGUGGCAUGGUGAGUGGGGCCGCUGCGAGCGUUGCCAGAGUGGCCAGAGUUGCUUUCAAGAUGGCAGCUUCCAUGUUCAGCGCACGGGAGCAGCUCCCGUGAACAUGCUUGCCCAUUGCCAGCCGUCCGCUCAAUAGAUACAGAACAACAACGCUUCAUAGCCGUUCUGUGCAGUUAGUGGUGUUUUGCGAAUAUUUUUACAAUGGCGUCACAAGCAGCGGCACGUCGCCUGCCACCUUUGCCUACACUGCGCGACAUCCUACACAUGUUUAAAUUAAAAGCAAUGCGGAAAUUGUCGCAGAAUUUUUUGCUAGACCCACGGUUUACGACUAAAAUUGUAAAAACAGCUGGGAAAAUUAAGGGCAGUCAUGUUGUUGAAGUAGGACCGGGGCCCGGUUGUCUCACAAGGCCCAUCCUAGAGCUCGGGGCAACUCAGGUCACUGUUGUAGAGAAGGACUCGAGGUUUCUUCCUUCGUUAGAGCUUUUGGCGGAAGCUUCUGAUGACAGGCUGAAGAUAGUCAUUGGAGACGUCUUCAAUGAAACCAUGGAAGACUACUUUCCAAGUGAACUACAAAAAGACUGGAACGCCGUCGUCCCAAAUAUCCACAUCAUCGGCAAUCUCCCUUUCAACGUGUCCACUCCUCUGAUCAUCCGUUGGCUGCGGAUGAUCUCGUUGAAGACGGGGCCGUUCACCUACGGACGGGUGCCGAUGACUUUGACUUUCCAGAAGGAAGUGGCCGAGCGAAUUGUAGCUCCACUCAUGGAUGCACAGAGAUGUCGUCUGUCCGUCAUGUGCCAAAAUUAUUGUCAUGUGAAGCACAAGUUCAAUAUUCCAGGAGGAGCAUUUGUGCCUAAACCUGAUGUUGAUGUCGGGGUAGUGAAGCUCAUACCACGUGAAGAGCCUGACAUCAAGCUGCCGUUUGAUCUUGUGGAGAAAGUUUGCAACUGCUUGUUCAACGCACGCCAAAAAGACUACAAGAACACUGUCAGGAACCUUUUUCCAACAACACAUGAAAAGGAGUUGAACAAGCUGCUUCAGUUGACGGAAAUCGACCCGGAAACGAAAGUGAUUCAACUUUCAGUCGAAGAAAUUGGAAGAAUCUGUGAAGUUUAUAAUCAUUUCUGCAUAGAAGACCCCGAACUAUACAAAUAUAACUUCAGACUUGGAAGGAGAUAGCGUCUGUAGGAUAGUGGUCAUAAUAGUGGAAUAAAUAUGUAAAUAAAGUCUUUUGAUCAAAAA